GAAGUCUACAUAAUACAGGUUUACGAAGUCCGAUAAUAAACCUUCUGGGCUAGACAGGCGUCUCUGCACAGCUCCUCCGCGCACCGGCAGCGGCACCCAGCAGCGCUGCGUGAAAUCUACAAAGUUCGGUCUCCAAACUCAACCCAACCCCUGUAGAAACCUGUCUUUUCUUCGAAUUGUGAAAGCAAGCCGAUGGGGAGGCAGAAGGGAGAAGCAAGGAGCAAGGCUCGUCCUUCAAGCAGCAGUCUCGCCGCUUCGCUCUUGCCGUCAGAAUCAGCGGCCGCGACUGUGGGAUUCGGUGGGUACAUUGGAAGCUCCAGGUUCGAUCCUUCCCUCGCUGGCAGCGACUCAGGCACCUUUCCGGAUGUAGACAGUGAAGUGGCAGUACACUUGAAAAGACUUGGGAGGAAGGAUGCUACCACCAAGCUUAAGGCUCUGGCAUCUCUGUCUCUACUGUUUAAACAGAAGCCUGGAAAGGAAAUUGUUCCAAUUCUUCCACAAUGGGCAUUUGAAUACAAGAGGCUGUUGCUGGACUACAAUAGAGAAGUUCGUCGAGCUGCUAAUGACACCAUGGCUAAUCUUGUUGUCACUGUUGGAAGAGAUAUAGCUCCACACCUAAAGUCUUUGAUGGGACCAUGGUGGUUUUCUCAAUUUGAUCCAGUUCCUGAAGUUUCCUCAGCUGGGAAGCAAUCAUUACAGGCAGCAUUUCCGGCCCAAGAAAAGAGAUUAGAUGCUUUAAUGUAUUGCACAAGUGAGAUAUUUAUGUAUUUGGAAGAAAAUUUGAAGCUCACACCACAAAGUAUGUCUGACAGAUCAGCUGCUUUGGAUGAAUUGGAAGAGAUGCAUCAGCAGGCAAUAUCUUCAUCAUUGCUGGCGUUGGCCACACUUCUCGAUGUUUUGAUAUGUGUGCGAUUGGAAAGACCUAGUUUUGAAGACGGAACUGUGGAACCUAGAAAUGCUUCAAAGGCUAGGGCAACUGCUAUUUCUUUGGCUGAAAAGUUGUUCUAUGCUCAUAAAUGUUUCCUAGAUUUCUUGAAAUCUAAGAGCCCUACAAUCCGAUCAGCUACUUAUUCAGUGUUAAGUAGUUUUAUCAAGAACAUUCAUGAAGCAAUUGAAGGAAAUUUGAAAACUUUAGCUCCUGCAAUACUGGGUGCUUUUGAGGAAAAGGAUCCUAUCUGUCAUUCAUCAAUGUGGGAUGUCAUUUUACUAUUUUCUAGGAGAUUCCCUGACAGCUGGAUGCUUUUAAAUGUUCAGAAAACUCUAGUAAACCAGCUUUGGCACUUUCUUAGGAACGGGUGCUUCGGAUCUCAGAAGGUCUCUUAUCCAGCUCUAGUUUUGUUUUUGGAUGUAGUGCCUUCAAAAGCGGUUGGUGGAGAGAAGUUUUUUCUUGAUUUUCUCCAUAACCUUUGGGCUGGAAGGAAUCUAUUAUAUUCUUCAAGUGCAGAGCAUGGACCAUUUUUCCAAGCAUUUAGAGAAUGCUUUCUCUGGGUCCUGCAGAAUGCUUCAAGAUAUUGUGGUAAUGUAGAUACCACAUCUUGCUUUCAAGCCACUCUUGUUGAUGAUAUCCCAGUAAAGCUGCUGUGGCAAGACUACCUGUUUUUUGUUGACUCAAGAAAACUGGAGAGGGUAGCCUGCGGAAUGCCUGAGGAUAUCAUACUUGAGGACAGCAAUGGACUUGUAUACAGGAAGAAAUUGGACAUAGCAAAUAUCAAAUAUCCUACUGGUUAUCUACGACAUUUGGGAACCUAUAUUGUUGAAAUUCUUUCAGGCAUCUAUUUACAGGAUCGUGGUCUACUGUCACCAUUUUGUAUGGAAUUUCAGAAGAAUUGCCUUGGGAUGUUUCAGGAAACAGAGAGCGGAGAAGCACCUACUGGGCAAAUGGAACGCAUUAUUCAGUUUAUAUCGCUACUGGAACAACAUGCAAUUCAGAAAGGGGAAACUUGGCCCUUGGCUUAUUUAAUUGGACCAAUGUGGACCAAGUCCUUCGCCUUGAUAAAAUCACUUCAGGACUUGCCAGAUGCUGUGGAACUUUUGUCAGUGACAGUUUCACUCUUUGGCCCGCGUAAGAUUGUCCGAGAAUUUUUAAUCAAUGAUGAAGCGGCAGAUUCCUCCUGUGCUCUUGCUGAUGACAGGGAUAAAGAAGUGGAGCCUGAAAAAUUUGUGCAGGUGUUCAAGGAAACGUUUAUCCCUUGGUGUUUGCUUGAACAUAAUUCCAGCAAUAGUGCUCGACUUGAUCUAUUGCUUGUGUUUCUUGAUGAUGAAUAUUUCUCUGAGCAGUGGCAUGCUAUUAUUUCACAUGCAAUUGAUCUAGAUGGUUCUCAAAGUGGCAAAGGUUGUCUGGACUCAGACUGGUUAAUUGUGUUGACAAUGCUUUUAGAGAAAGCAAGAGCUAAAAUUAUGAAGAGGCAGGUGGGAGUUCAUUCCAAUAAUCAGCAAGGCUUCCAUCCAGAUUACUUGCAUCACAAGCUUCUGGAUUCUGCUGUUAUUGCCAUUGCGAGUUCCAUUCCUCCCAUCCGUACUUAUGAUGCUCAGUUUGUAUGUGCAGUGCUUGGUGGAUCAACCGAAGGCAAUCAAAUUUCUUUUGUGUCCAGAAAUACAGUCAUCCUCAUAUUUAAGGAGGUUUUUAAAAAAAUACUUACUUUUGUUGAGGGGUCCUCUUUCACUUGUGUUAGGGAGUCGGGUCCCUUGUUAACUGCUGAAGCAAACAAUCUUGCUGCAGGAAAACAAUAUUCUACAAACGUGAUUGAGAUUGCUGACUUUGCUCUUGAAGUUCUUAAUGGUAGCUUUUUCUGCUUAGAAACGCUCAAGGAUGAUCAUGAGCUAGUUUCAGGUAUUUUAGCUUCAAUAUUUGUUAUAAAGUGGGAGCAUGAGAUGUUAAGAUCAGAGAAUGAUGCACUUGAUGAUGUAUACAAGAAAAAAACUAAGGACAGGUUGGACUUUGGCAAAUCUAUUCUGCGAUGUUUUUGUAGAAUUAGUGAUCGAUUCUGGAGUAGCCUCAGCAUUGACUGUAGGAAGAGACUUGGAAUUGUCUUGGUUCACUUUGUUAGGGCUUCCAUCUUCCAGAAAGAUGAACUUGGUACUGCCAAAAUAUCUUCACUAGGGUGCAAUUGGAUGCUUGAACUCUUGGAUUGUCUCUGUCAAAAUGAGGAUGAAGAACAAAUUCUGUUAGAUCAGCUCCUGAGUAAAGGUGAUAAAUGGCCUGUGUGGGUCAAUCUAGAGGGAUCAGCCUCCUUAGAUAUGGAAAGUGUGUCCAUUGAUUUUUAUGCAUUUCGGAACCUUGAGCUUGUUUCUUUAAUUGACAAGCUUUGUCAGAAAAUUGGGAUUGAUAAAGUUAUUGGUGGUGCUGUCAAAAAUGACCCUCCACUCCCUCAAAUGGAAGCAACCGAUGAAAAUGAAUUUUCAAGAGCCUGGCUAGCUGCUGAAAUGUUAUGCACAUGGAAUUGGCCAGAAGGUGGUGCAGUCAUUUCCUUCUUGCCUUCUCUAACUAAAUAUGCGAAGAAUCAAAGUCAUUCUUCUCGGGAAAAGUUGUUAGAUUCCAUCUUCAACAUUUUGCUUGAUGUUUCCCUUAUCAAUGGAGGAAGUUGCGCAGAUAUUUUAUUUAGAGUUUGUCCUGCCUUGGAUGAUGUGGUAGAUAAGAUUGAAGAACCAUAUUUAAGAGCUCUUGUAUCUUUGCUUGCUACUUUGUUCAAAGCUGAUGUAUGGGCAAUAGGCAAAGGUAUGAGACUCCUUGACAUGCUUGCAAGUAGACUUCACAUCGGUGAAGUAGUCAACCAAAAUUGUUUGAAGAUUCUUCCCCUGAUUGUAAGUGUUCUAUUACGAUUCUCCAGUCAAAGGAGCCUCAAUACUGGACAGUGUAGCAAGGAUGAUGACCUUGAUUCUUUAGAUGAACAUCAGAUACAGGAUACUGUGAAGGACUGGCUCCGCAGAACUCUAUUGUUACCUCCUUUGGUCACAUGGCAAACAGGACAAGAUAUUGAAGAAUGGUUUCUGUUGGUUCUGUCUUGUUAUCCUAUUGGUGCAAAUGGGGUCAGAGAAACAUUAAAGCUGGAGAGAAACAUAAGCUCAGUGGAAAGGGCACUUAUACUUGAUUUAUACCGAAAACAGAGAAUUGGUUCCCAUGCAUUUCCUACUAACUUGCCACCACUGGUCCAGAUGCUGCUAUCAAAGCUAAUGAUUAUUUCAGUUGGCUAUUGCUGGAAGGAAUUUAUUGACGAAGAUUGGGAGUUCUUCUUCUCUCACUUGAGGUGCUGGAUUCAAUCUGCUGUUGUAAUGAUGGAGGAAGUAGCAGAAAACAUAAAUGAUGCUAUCACUGGGAGCUCGACUUCUGAUAACAUGUCUGUUAUCCUUAAGAACCUUGGGCAGAUUGUUUUGAUUUCAAACGACUUUCCAAUAGACAUUGCAAGUAAUGCUCUGGCAUCAUUUUCUUUGUUUUGUGGGCAUCCGGGAUUCCAACAAUCAGAAAAUGUUGAAAAUCCAGAAAUGCUGCUGACUCAGAGAUUCGAUCCUAUUAAAGAUAGGAUUGUAGAAGGCAUUCUUCGCAUAUUUUUCUGCACUGGCAUUGCUGAGGCCAUUGCAAGUUCCUACUGCGAUGAGGCUACAUCUACUGUAGCUUCAUCUCGAUUAGAGCAUCUUUCCUUCUGGAAGUUGAUAGCUUCAAAUGUUGUCAACUCAUCACUACAGGCCAGAGACAGAGCAGUGAAAUCUGUUAAAUUUUGGAGUUUAAGCAAAGGUCCUAUUGACUCUUUGUAUGCUAUCCUGUUUUCAACCAGAUCAAUACCAUCUUUGCAGUUUGCUGCAUAUGUUGUUCUCACUACAGAACCCAUUUCACAGUUGGCUGUCAUUGAAGAUGAAAGUGCAAGUCCCUCGGUUGCGGAUUCAACCAGCCCUGACCUCGAUACAAGUCAUCUCGAUCUGGUAUCAGGCAAAAAUAUCCAUUUGAAGGAGGAAAUAUCUUGCAUGAUCGAGAAAUCACCUUUUGAAGUGCUUGAAACGGAUUUGGUGGCACAGGAAAGGGUGAAUGUCUUCCUGGCAUGGUCUCUGUUUCUAUCACAUUUGUCCUCGUUCUCAUUAUCCUCUGUGAGGGAGCAGUUGGUCCAGUAUGUUCUAGAUUCAACAAAUUUGAUAAUAUUAGAUUGCAUUUUCCAGCACAUUCCUUUGGACUCGUGUAUGUCACAAAGUCAAAAGAAGAGAGAUACUGAAAUUCCUGCUGCCACAUCAGCAGCUGCAUCUGCUGCAACACAUGCCAUCACCACUGGUUCCCUAUUAUUUUAUGUGGAAUCAUUAUGGCCUAUUGAUGCAGUGAAAAUGGCUUCACUUGCUGGAGCACUACUCGGUUUGAUGCUUCGCGUCCUUCCUGCUUAUGCACGAGGGUGGUUUACUGAGUUACGUGACCGCUCUUUUUCACCUCUUAUAGAAUCUUUCGUAAGAUCAUGGUGCAGUCCUCCUUUGGUUGCAAAUGAACUUUUGCAGAUAAAGAAGGCCAAUAUUGCUGAUGAGAAUCUUGAAGUAAGUGUAAGUAAAUCAACAAAUGAGGUUGUUGCUACCUACAAGAAGGAAGAGACAGGAAUGGAUUUAAUUAUUCGUCUCCCUGCAUCUUACCCAUUGCGGCCCGUUGACAUUGAUUGUACAAGGAGCCUUGGAAUUAGUGAGGUGAAGCGGAGGAAAUGGUUAAUGUCUUUGGCAUCAUUUGUUCAUAAUCAGAAUGGAGCUUUAGCUGAAGCUAUACGGAUAUGGAAGCGCAAUCUUCACAAGGAAUUUGAACAUGUUGAGGAGUGUCCAAUUUGUUACAGUGUUAUCCACACUGUCAACCACAGCCUCCCUCGUCUUGCUUGCAAGACCUGUAAGCACAAGUUUCAUUCGCAUUGCCUCUUCAAGUGGUUCAGAACAUCCCACAAGUCGACUUGCCCAUUGUGCCAGUCCCAAUUCUAACUUGGCUGUUAAUUCUGGGUGUUGCUUAUGUGAUAUCAUUGGAGCAAAAUAGUGGACGCUAUUACAUUUGAGCUUGCCACAGAGCGUAUUAAUUUAAGUUCCAACUGAGUUUAAAGGAUCGGCUGUAAAAUGCACUUUGUGAGUGCUCUCUCUCUCUCUCUCUCUCUCUCUUGCACAUUUUCAAUGUUUAUGGCAGCUCAAUUGUCAAGUAGAUUAUUUUAUUUAAUGGACAGCGACUUACUCCGAGGUUGUUUCUAUGAAGGGCAGACUUACACAACAUGCAGUAAGAUCUCAAUGGCUAUUUUGUAGAAGGUUCUGAUAUGCUCGAGCAAACAUAGAUUUCAUUUCAGUUUCUGGCCUUCAAUAUAUGAAUGCUGUCGGGGAAUGGAAUUGAUUCUAGCUUUUGACUUUUGACAAUCUGAAAAUAGCUCCAGUCAACUUGUAAAAGAAAAUCCCUGAAUUUUGGGGAAAAGGAGGAACCUAUCUCCUGUCUUUCCCCCUCUAUUUUCUUUUUCCUAGAAUGCCCAAUCCAAGUUCUUGGUUUUGACUGCUUGUCUAGGAAUGAUUGACCUUAGCUUUCUUUUUUCUUUCUGCAAUUUCUUUAUGUUUUGAGUUUGUACAUAUGCAUGAAAUGUUUUGUUGUAACUGCUGAAAUUUAUUUGUUUUUCAACUGGGCAAUGCGGUGAGUAAUUAUGUGUUACGUGGCUAUUCAGCGAGUGAUGGUCGUGAUGUUGAACUGGAACGACCACACGAAACAAUUUUGGUGCUGUUCAAGUGUUGGAGGCAUUCAAACUAGGCUCUGUAAUUAGAACCUUUUUCAUCCUGUUGGAUUUUGCUCA